AUGGGAUUUAUUAAAUAUCUAAUUUCCUGUGGAUUAUUUUCCUUAUUACUUUUGAAAGAAGUUGUUUGUUGGUCAGAUGAAGGUCAUAUGCUAAUAAGUGCUAUAGCCUAUGAAGGACUUGAUGAUAGAGAAAAAAAAAUUUUAACACAAAUAUUUCAAAAUUACAAAGAAGAUAACGAUUUCAAUAAUCAUAUAUAUGCAGCUGUGUGGCCCGAUCAUAUUAAGUACUAUGAACACCCUGUAGACACUACUAAAAGAAUGGAUGGUAUAAGUAUAAUGGACAGAUGGCAUUAUAUUAAUGUACCAUAUAAUCCUACUAAUAUUGAUUUAGAUAUGUAUCAUAAAGAAUAUUAUAAAGAUACAGAUAAUUCAUUAACAAUAUCAAGAAAAAUAUUUCAAGAUUUAAAAUUAAUGGAAAAAAAAAACAAUUAUGGUAGUUAUUUUUCAUAUAACUUCCAAUUAAGAUAUUUUAUUCAUGUUUUUGGUGACAUGCAUCAACCUUUACAUACUGCCACUUUCUUUAACAAACAUUUCAUAAAAGGAGAUUUCGGUGGAACAGCUAUUAAUGUCAAUUAUAAUAACCGUACCGAGAAAUUACAUCACUUAUGUGAUUGCGUUUUUCAUGCCCGAGAUAAAAAAUGGCCAAGUGCUACUGUAGAAGAAGUAACAAACGAUGCCCGUACCUUAAUGAAUACAUACCCCCCUGAAUAUUUUGGAAAUAGAUUAAACAACGGAAUGGAUGAGUAUGAAUAUUUAGGUUAUAUAGUUGAGGAUAGUUAUGCUCAAGCUAUUGACCAUAUUUAUUAUGCUUUCCCAUUUGAAAGUUUAAAUAGACACACCGCAUACACUUUAACAAAUGCAUAUGUUAUCAAUUUAAAAAAAGUUUUAAAUGAACAAAUUGCUUUGGGAGGUUACAGAUUAACUAGAUAUUUAAAAACUAUAAUUGCAAACGUCCCUGACGAUCUUUUACAAACCGGUAAUAUUUAG